CUUGCAUUCCAGUGUUUGUAAGGUAUGCUCUUUAGAAGGACCUAACAACCUACCUAUUAACAGACAAACCCUAAUCCAAAAUUGUUCCUUGAUUCUUGCUCGACAGCCUCCUCAUCACAUCCAAGCUGCAAUCUUAUGUCGAGAUAAGCAUAUCCCAUCUCAGCUGCAGACGCAAGCAGGCAACAUUCCAAGAUGGACCAUUAUAAUAGCCCUUCGCGGCCUCCAAUGUACUCAGAGCCACCAUCUUAUGGCGACGAUGGCAUGUCCAUGCAGUCAGACGAAAUGAACGGCUCAAGAAUCAGACUGUUGACAUCUCAAGAUGAGCCCAACACUCGACCUCCUGUCUCUCCUCGCAGAUCAUAUCAACCGAGCGUAUCAUCAUCACACUCCCGAGCCGCGUCAGUCAUCGAUACCACACCCUUGAUAGCUCCACCAGAGUCCUCAUACGUACCAUACUCCCCAACUGGCCGCAUGUCACCAACGCGACCUUGGACACCAUCCAGAGGUUCUUCCGACUUCGGUAGACCUCCCCCAAUGAACCUACAAUUCGAACCUGCCGAUCUCAACGGAAGUCCAAGGCCAGGCACACCUUCCAGCCGGUAUGGAGGAAGUCCCAGACGACCAUUGCCUCCUGCUCCUCUGUUUUCCGGCCCUCAUGUCUCAGCUGCCAACUCUCCCUUUGCAGACGACGCCACAGUUUCAAUUCCUCUAGAGGGCGAUAUUGCAGAGGAAGACGAUGUUUUCGGGCCUGACAGUUCGAUGGGAAAAGAACCACUACAAAGCUCGCGGUCAAGAGAUUCAUACAUGUCAAAUGAAACGCUAACAGAGGACAUGGACCGAAAAGAAUAUGUCGAGCACUAUGGUCCAGCCCCUGAUGGCAAGCAAGAGAGGAGAGGAGCCCGCCAAGCGCAGAUGUCCAAGAAAGAAGUCAGACUCAUCAACGGAGAGCUCAUUCUUGAGUGUAAGAUCCCGACAAUCCUCUAUAGUUUUUUACCACGAAGGGACGAGGUCGAGUUUACGCAUAUGCGGUACACUGCCGUCACGUGCGAUCCGGACGACUUCGUCUCCAAGGGAUAUAAGUUACGCCAAAACAUCGGACCCACAGCCAGAGAAACUGAGCUCUUUAUCUGCAUCACGAUGUAUAAUGAGAACGAGAUCGAUUUCACAAGGACGAUGCAUGCAGUCAUGAAGAAUAUCUCCCAUUUCUGCUCUCGUUCCAAGUCAAGAACCUGGGGUGAGAACGGAUGGCAGAAGAUUGUCGUCUGCAUCGUCUCCGAUGGGAGACAAAAGAUCCAUCCCCGCACGCUGGAUGCUUUGGCAGCUAUGGGUGUCUAUCAGGAUGGGAUCGCCAAGAACUUGGUGAACCAGAAAGAAGUGCAAGCGCAUGUUUACGAAUAUACAACCCAGGUCUCCCUCGACUCGGACUUGAAGUUUAAGGGAGCAGAAAAGGGAAUUGUACCAUGUCAGAUGAUUUUCUGCUUGAAGGAGAAGAAUGCGAAGAAGUUGAAUUCGCAUCGUUGGUUCUUCAACGCUUUUGGACGAGCCUUAACGCCAAACAUCUGUAUCUUGCUUGAUGUGGGAACCAAGCCUGGAAGCAACUCUCUAUACCACUUGUGGAAGGCAUUCGAUACAGACUCGAACGUUGCAGGCGCUUGCGGUGAAAUCAAGGCCAUGAAAGGAAAAUUUGGGACAGGGCUCCUGAACCCCCUAGUUGCUUCUCAAAACUUUGAGUACAAGAUGUCCAAUAUCUUGGAUAAGCCGUUGGAGAGUGUAUUUGGAUAUAUUACCGUCUUACCUGGUGCCUUGAGUGCCUACCGGUACCACGCCCUGCAGAACGACCAUACCGGCCACGGGCCACUAAGCCAAUACUUCAAGGGAGAAACUCUCCACGGUCAGAAUGCCGAUGUGUUUACAGCAAACAUGUAUUUGGCCGAAGAUCGUAUUCUUUGUUGGGAGUUGGUUGCCAAGAGAGAUGAGAGGUGGGUGCUGAAGUAUGUCAAGAGCUGCACCGGAGAGACUGAUGUACCUGACACUGUCCCUGAACUUGUCUCGCAGCGAAGAAGAUGGCUGAACGGAGCUUUCUUCGCAGCUGUCUACUCUCUUGUCCACUUCCGGCAAAUCUGGCGUACUGAUCACACACUCGGCCGCAAGAUCCUCCUGCAUAUCGAGUUCGUCUAUCAAUUCAUCAGCCUGCUCUUCACGUACUUCUCCCUGGGUAACUUCUACCUUACCUUCUACUUCGUCGCUGGAUCCCUCUCGGAUCCUAAGGUUGAUCCCUUUGGCCAUCAUAUCGGUUUAUAUAUCUUCGUGAUCCUUCGGUACACCUGCAUUCUCCUCAUCUGUACGCAAUUCAUCCUCUCCAUGGGUAACCGGCCACAAGGAGCAAAGAAGCUUUAUGUAACCUCCAUGGUCCUAUAUGGCAUAAUCAUGGCAUACAACACCUUUGCCUGUAUCUAUAUCGUGGUUCGUCAACUGACAUCCAACUCGAAAAUUUCUCUCGGAAACAACGUCUUCACCAACCUCAUCGUCUCCAUGGCCUCCACAAUUGGACUCUACUUCCUCAUGUCCAUCCUCUACCUCGAUCCCUGGCACAUGAUCACCUCCGCCGGCCAAUACUUCCUCCUUCUCCCGUCCUACAUCUGCACCCUUCAAGUCUACGCAUUCUGCAAUACGCACGAUGUAACCUGGGGUACUAAAGGUGACAACGUGAUCCACACGGACUUGGGAGCUGCCAGGAGUCACGGCAAAGAUUCCACCGUCGAGCUCGAGAUGCCGUCCGAGCAACUCGAUAUCGAUUCGGGCUAUGAUGAAGCGCUCCGCAACCUCCGCGACCGCAUUGAAGUCCCCGCCCCUCAGGUAUCCGAGAGUCAGCAGCAGGAAGAUUACUACAAGAAUGUCCGCACGUACAUGGUCCUGUCCUGGAUGAUUGCGAACGCCAUCCUUGCCAUGGCCGUUAGUGAGGCGUAUGGCGCCACCGCGGUGGGAGACAACUUCUACCUGAAGUUCAUCUUGUGGAGCGUGGCAUCCCUCGCGUUCUUUAGGGCGAUUGGAAGCAGUGCGUUCGGUAUCAUCAAUGGUGUCGAGGCGAUCGUGGAAGGUCGGAUUCGGAUGCGUAUGAAGUGGCCGAACUGGAUGGAGGGUCUCGGGGGCAAGUUCAAGGAGCGGAUGAGUAGCAUCGGGAAUAACGUGAAGCGUUAAGCUGACCUCUAUGUGCAUAGUAUGUGAUACGAUGGGUAGUAUGUAAUGUGGUGUUUUCUAAUGGG